GCAUCUGUGCGAGUGCAACUGAUCAUUGUGGCGGUUAUGGUUUCCCCCCUCUGUGGUGGUCCCGUUGACAGCCAGAGCAGUGGCGACCGUGGCAGACCUCCUUGCCCAUCGCACACGUCGGCCCUACCCGGCGCCAUCAACGACUGGGACAGGACCUUUACGUUCCAGUGUCCGGCUGGUCAGGCCGUCUCCGUCGUGAAGAGCCGUCACUGCGACACGACCGAGGAUCGGGUGUGGCGGUUCGUGUGCAAGGCGGUCCCCAACCUUGGUGACUUCACUGACCACUACUGGACGCCUUGGGUGAACGAGUUUGACGGCGUCAUGAACUACGCUUGCCCUUCCGGAAGAGUCGUCACGGGGUUUCGCAGCGAGCACUCCAACUAUCACGAGGAUCGACGCUGGAAAAUCCGAUGCUCCCGUAAGGCCGGCAUGACCACCAGAAACCACUACCAGAGCCUGUACGCAAACAGCUGGGACGGCGACAUGAACUACAACGUUCCCACCAACUUCUACAUUCGGGGGAUGCAUGGAUACCACGACAAUGAGAAAGAGGAUCGGCUCUACGGUUUUGACCUCUGCAGAGUCCAGCUGUAGACCACGCCAACACGCCUGAGGCAGCUACCACAUGUGUUCUGUUCCGAAUAAGGUGCAUUCUUUGCACUUAAAAUAUGGUUUUGUGAAUUUAGACUGCAUUUGAUUUAGAUGAGUAAAACUUAAACGUCAUGUUAAAAAGUGUCCAAAUCUGAAAUUUAUCUAAUGUUAAGUAAAAGAAAAUUAAUUUGUGUUGCUAUAAAUGAGGAUCUCUUACUUGGAGUCGAUGGAUAAAUCUUAAAUAAUUUACAACAUUGACAUAAAUGCAACAUUGGCGCUUUGGUGACAAUACAGCAAUCCACUUUAGCAAUUUAUUAUUAUUUCUGUCUGUAUCUACAUGUAACGUAUCUUGCAGGAAAGUUUCCAUGGUUUCUGUAUACUCAAGACGUAUUCUCUCCUCAAGAACAGAACAUUAAUGUGAUGGAACCAUCUAUAACAUGAUGGUAAUUAUAAAGUUGCGGGGUGUGUAUUCAUUGCGGAAAUAAAUCCGUUCUGAAAUGA